AUGCCUCCUCGACCCCCUCAACGCGGUGGGGGCCGCGGUGGCCCUCGCGGUGUCGGUGCAGCUCCUCGCGGAGCAGGUCCUCCGCGCGCCGGCAUUCCCCGCGGUGGCCCUCCUCGCGGCGGUCCUCCUGGGAGAGGUGGCGGUGGUGGAACGACCAGAGGCACUGAAGCCACCGUUGCCGCGCAUGUCGAAGCGAUUGGCGUUAAGCGCCCGAACCAUGGAGGCACGGGACGGGUCGUCAAAGUGAUCACGAAUCACUUUGAGACGCAGGUCCCCGACUCCACGAUCUUUCACUACGAUGCCAUUUCACCAUCGGAAAAAGUUCUGCCCAUCGCGUUAUGCUUCGAGAUCGUGCAGAAACUGCAAAACACGGUCGUGCCGGAUGUGUUCACUCCACGCGGUGUCCACGAUGGUCGCAAGAAUCUAUUCUCGACAAAGCGCUACGACUUCGGCGAGGACGAUACAGCUACGUUUGAUGUUGUCCCAAAUCCUACCAUUCAUCCCGAGUCUCAAAGGGACAACAAAGGUCCCAAAACGUACAAGGUGACGCUCAAGAAAGUGGCCGAGGUAAACCCUGAGGUAUUGCUACGGUUUUUGGGUGGGAAACAGACCAUGGACAGCACCGUCCAGACCGCCCUAACAGCACUGAACGUUGCACUACGCAUGGAGCCUUCUUUGCGGAUGCCAUUCAACAUCCGUUCUUUCUUCACCAACACGGAGACCAGUGACAUCGGCGCCGGGAUCGUACUUUGGCGCGGGUACUUCCAAUCCAUUCGGCCGGGUAUAGGCCGCAUGUUCACGAACGUCGACGUAUCGACCGGUGCGAUGUACAAAGAGGGCGACCUACGCUCCCUCUGCCUCGCGUAUCUCGAGCGAAAUGAUCCCCGCAUCCUAUCGCCUAAACACGGCUUGCCAGAUCGCGAGCGUAUCCGGCUUCAGCGUUUCUUCCAGAACGUUAGAGUCUUCAAGGAUUACGGGACGCCUCUCCCGGAAGGCGCUCGCCGCGUGCCGUACACUGUCAAGAAGUUCACGAAGGAGGGCGCCCGUGAUCUCGUGUUUCAGACCAAGACCGGCUCCAUGACUGUUGCUGCAUACUUUCAGGGUGUGUUGAACCGACCGCUGCCGUACCCUGACAACAUUUGCGCCGAAUUGUCUUCGGGCGCUGUGAUCCCACUCGAGCUCUGCCAUGUUAUUCCCGGUCAGAUCAUCCGCAAACAGCUCCCCUCCACGAAGACCAAGGACGUCCUGGACUUCUCGACUCGACGACCGGCAGAUCGCUUGGCGAGUAUAGGGAGAGGUUUGUCGGUGCUCGCACACGGCGAAUCUGAAUAUGUCCGCCAGUUCGGCAUCACUGUUAACCGGACCCUCCAUUCCUUCAAUGCGCGCGUUCUCGACGCUCCGACUCUGCGAUACGGACCGAAUUCUAAGCAACCUACCAUCCAACCUCGUAAUGGAUCUUGGAACAUGAUUGAAAAAAAGGUGUACCAGCCAGCCACGGGAAUCAACGAAUGGGUCGUCGUCGUAUACGAGCAACAAAGUCGUUUCAGCCUCGCUAAAGCAACAGAAGUCAUCAAAAGCCUCCGCGAAGCUGCGAACUCAGUUGGUGUCAUCAUCGCGAAGAAUCCAGCUAUUCUGCCUCAAUACCCUCCGCCUUCAGGCGCCAUUGUUGACCAACUCAUCACAAUCGGUAAGAUGUGUCGCGAGAAGACGAAGAGCAUCCCGUCUUUCUACUUGAUCAUCCUUCCGGAGGCGAGCAGUGACAUCUACUCGGCAGUCAAGCAUUUUGGUGAUGUCAAGAUGGGUGUCCCGACCCAGUGCCUGAAAUCAUCCAAGUGCUCGCGCGCGAAGCAACAAUACUUCGCGAACGUCAUCCUCAAGCUCAAUCCCAAACUCGGUGGCAUCAACAGCAUAGCGGAUCCACGAUCUGUCUCCUUCCUUACCGAUCCGUCUCACCCAACACUCGUUCUUGGCGCUGACGUCGUUCACCCGGCUCCGGGUUCUGAUGGGCGACCAUCGUUCAGUGCGGUCGUUGGAAACAUUGACAAGGACUCUGCGAAGUACACUUCAAUCAUGGGCGUACAAGAACCUCGCGUCGAGAUCAUCGAGGAUCUCCAGUCUAUGGUCACGGAGAUCCUCCAGAGGUACAUGACCUACCGGAGGGAUACUGAGAAACAGGUACAACUCGCGCCGAAGCGCAUCGUAUUCUAUCGCGACGGUGUAUCGGAGGGCCAGUUCUCGCACGUCUUGGAGCGUGAGCUACCGCUCAUUAAGGCGGCUUGUGCCGAUCGCGGGGUGAAUGCAAAGAUCACCGUUAUCAUCGUCGGCAAGCGACACCACGUCCGUUUCUUCCCUUCCGACCCCCGCGAUGGCGACAGCUCCGGCAACUGUCCGGCAGGGACGGUCGUGGACACAGACGUCGUUAAUCCGGUCGAGUUCGAUUUCUACCUCCAGUCGCAUGGCGGUCUUCUCGGCACCUCGCGUCCUGCGCAUUACAAUGUUCUCUACGACGAGAACGGAUUCACAGCGGACGGAUUGCAGUCCUUAACCUUCGCCCUGACACACGUAUAUGCGCGCGCGACUCGCUCAGUCUCUAUCCCUGCCCCGGUCUACUACGCAGACAUAGUCUGCUCGCGCGCAGCCCACCACUACGCCCGCGGCGAUGCGGGCCCCGACUUCACGCAGACGACGUCCGAGACUGCCGACGGUUCGGAUGCUCAGCAUCAAAAGGUGGAAUAUUUCCGCAAGGAGUUCAAACCUGCUCACUUGAACAUGUCCCGCCUCGGCCGCAUGUAUUUCUGCUGA